AGGAAACAUGAUCACCAGCCGGCUCAACCUCGGCUGCGGGAAUGGGAUGCACCCGGAACUGUGCUCUGCGGUGAAGUUACACGGAGGGCCACCUGGCGUGGGUGCGUGGUUACCUGUGCGCGUCUCACCUGCCCCGGCCCCGCUGCGCGUAAACUUCUCUUCACUUGGAGCAGGAUGUGAGGCGUAAGCGGGCUGGAGACCGCGGUGAGGGCAAGCAAACAGACCGAAAAAAAAAAUGGCGUCUCCGGUACAACUUGGCCGGAGCGAACUUUUGGAAAUCGACAUCUGCGCUGGUCGGGGCUCCGGGGGGGAGGACGGCGGCUCCCCCCCGGCGGACGGCUUCUCGGCGUUUCAGCGGUGGGUCCCCGCCAGGCGGAAGACGGUCCGGGAGUCCAGCCAGCGGGGAGAAAACGAGGGGUUCCCCGCCGAGCAGAACGGGACGCCCGCAACACGCCCGAGCCCGACCCAGCCCCGCAACGGCGAGGUGCGGGACGCUGCGGAGCCCACCUGGACCGGACCCUGGCCGGACCGCGAACUCGAACGGGCCGGGCCCGCGCGUGUCCCCCGCACCUCCAUAGUGGACUGCCUUCUCGUGGAGCUCUACGACACGUACUCCGGCUCCGGAGGGAAGAGCGCGGACAGCGUGGACAGCUCGACCGAAGCCUCGAGUUCCGAUGCCUUCCUGGGCCGGAGCAACACCGGCUCGAACUUCCUGCUGGAGCUGCAGGAGAAGCACACCCGGCGACACCAGAUGAAGUACCUGGCCCAGAAAGACACGGAGGAGCUCAAGUGGAUCGUCCAGGAGGUGAACUAUCGGAUUGGGAUCCAGUCCGCGAAGCUGGUCAGACAGCUCAGGAGGAAGGACAGGCUGUACCACAAGCUCCAGAAGAACAGUGACAUUGUAACAGCGUGCUUGCAGGCCGUGUCCCAGAAGAGGCGUGUUGACACCAGGCUGAAGUUUACGCUUGAGCCGUCUUUGGGCAAAAAUGGAUUUCAACAGUGGUACGAUGCUCUCAAGGCUGUGGCCAGGCUGCCAACUGGGAUUCCCAAAGAGUGGAGGAAAAGGGUUUGGCUGACUUUGGCUGAUCAGUACCUGCACAGUAUUUCUAUAGACUGGGAGAAGACCUUGCGAUUUGCCUUCAACGACCGCAGUAACCCGGAUGAUGAUUCUCUGGGCAUACAGAUAGUGAAGGACCUGCACAGGACCGGCUGCAGCUCCUACUGCGGCCAGGAGGCGGAGCAGGACCGCGUGGUGCUGAAACGGGUGCUGCUCGCUUACGCCCGCUGGAACAAGGCGGUGGGCUACUGCCAGGGCUUCAACGUGCUCGCCGCGCUCAUCCUGGAGGUCGUGGAGGGCAACGAGGGCGAUGCGCUCAAGGUCAUGAUCUACCUGAUCGACAAGGUCCUUCCUGACAGCUACUUUGCCAACAACCUUCGUGCGUUAUUGGUGGACAUGGCCGUGUUCAGAGACCUGCUCAGGCUCAAGCUUCCUGAGCUGUCGCAGCACUUGGACAACCUACAGAAAGCAGCGAACCGAGAAGUCGGGGGCAGCUACGAGCCUCCCCUGACGAACGUCUUCACCAUGCAGUGGUUCCUGACCAUGUUCGCCACCUGUCUCCCUCACCACACCGUCCUCAAGAUCUGGGACUCCGUCUUCUUCGAAGGCUCCGAGGUCCUGCUGAGAGCCGCUCUGGCCAUCUGGGCCAGGCUGGGAGAGCGGAUUGAGAGUUGCCAGAGUGCGGACGAGUUUUACAGCACGAUGGGGUGCCUGACCCAGGAGAUGCUGGAACACAAUCUGGUUGACUCCAACGAACUGAUGCAGACUGUCUACUCCAUGGCAGCGUUUCCAUUCCCUCAGCUGGCGGAGCUGAGAGAGAAGUAUACCUACAACAUCACUCCCUUCCCUGCUCAUGUCAAGACCAGCUCAGGAAAACUGGGAAGGGGCCGGGACAGCGAUGAAGAGAUUGAUAUUGACGAUGAGGACGCCCUGGUCAGUGCCAUCGGAUGCCUUGGGCCGCUCAGUGGACUUCUGGGUCCAGAGCUGCAGAGUUACCAGAAGCAGCUGAAAGACCACAAGGGGGAGCAGAGCCUGCGCUCCUGCGGGAACAUCGCCGAGCUGAGCCCCGGCGCCGUGGACGCCAGUCGUAGCGACUACCAGGCCACCUUCAACAGCAUGAUGAUGGAGCGCAUGACCACCGACAUCAGCGCGCUGAAGAAGCAGUACAUCCGCAUCAAGAGGAGGCAGCAGCAGCAGGCCAGCCUGGUCUACAUCAAGCCAGACAAGGGCCCGGCCACCAGCCUCCUCCCCUCCCAGAUCCCCCAGUCGCCCGUCAUGAACCACCUCCUGCUGGGGAAGAAGCUCAAGCCGAGCGAGAGGGGCUGCAGGAAUGCCAUCGUCCACGUGCCGGGCUCCGGGAGCCCCCCGACGCCCCAGGAGGACCUCAGGGCCAAGCUGAACUCCCCCUGGCGCACUCACGUCCGCGUGCACAGGAAGAACGUGGCCAGGGCGAAGGGCCAGCUGGGAUACGGAGACGCCCUCGGGCUCAUCGAGGGCCGCGUGGAUCUGGUCUGCAAUAACUCUUAG